AUGGGAACCUGGGGCUACAUUGAAGCCAUAAGAGAGAUCAAAGAUCAGAUCAAGAAAGCGAAUGAGUUAGCAUUUGAUGACAUUGUUGUAGCAUGCGGAAGUGGAGGCACCAUUGCCGGUUUAUCAGUUGGGGCUUGGCUGAGUGAUUUGAGAGCUAAAGUCCAUGCUUACUGUGUAUGUGAUGAUCCAGACUACUUUUAUGAGUUCUCUCAAAGCCUACUCGAUGGACUUCAAGCAGGUGUUAGCUCACGUGAUAUUAUCGACAUAAAAAAUGCCAAAGGCCUUGGUUAUGCCAUGAAUACAGCUGAGGAAUUAAACUUUGUGAAAGAUAUUGCUCAAGCUACUGGCAUUGUUCUCGAUCCAGUCUACAGUGGGAAAGCAGCUUAUGGAAUGAUGAGAGAGAUGGUCGAAAAUCCAGAAAAAUGGGAAGGGCGAAAGGUGCUCUUCAUACACACGGGCGGGCUCUUGGGCCUGUUCGACAAAACUGAUCAAAUGGGCUCGUUGGUUGGAAAUUGGCGUCGAAUGGACAUACAAGAAUCCGUGCCCCGUAAAGAAGGCACUGGCAAAAUGUUCUAA